AUGGUGAACACUAGGAGGAUAGUGAUUGAGAACCAGAGGAUAUUGAUCAAUCUACUGAAGAAGCCUUUAGCGUUUCCUUUGCUUCUCGGUUUCUUCGUCUUCCUCACAUGGAUCUCUCUCAGGUUACAGCACUCGUCUUCGUCUUCUUCACAUCCGAAAUCAGCACAAGAGAGAAGUAAUCCCGAUUUGGGAAUCCUCGACGGCGACGAUAAGGUUAAUCUGGUCCGGUUCAGCUUAGCAUCUCUCUCCCCUGUCCGAAAAGACGACCGUGGAUGGUUGCUUGAUCCCGUUGUCCUUGCUCGUGAUUCUCGGCUCAAAGGUGGAGCUGCCUCGUGUCUCUCCAUUCAUGUUGGUGAAAUCCGCCCUGGUGGAUUGAGGGGGAACCACAGACACCAUACCUGUAAUGAGACCUUCGUCAUAUGGGGAGCCAAGACAAAAUUCAGGCUGGAGAACCACAAGGUCGAAAAAGGUUACGCCGAAGUGGUAAUUGGAGAGGAUGAAGUAGCUGUAGCGGUUAGUCCGAGUGGCACGGCUCAUGCUCUAGUAAAUGUUGAUCCUGUGCGUUCUACUUUCUUCAUAGGCUGUCAAGACAGUAAUAUGCCGAACAACAGCUCAACCAGUGACUACAAAGUAUGGAAAGAUCUGUAA